AUGACAAUAACUGCACAUUCAUCGAGCCAUCGUCGACUUCAUAAUCAAUCUCACUUGUCCAAUGCAAAUUCCAAUCCGAAUGUUUCCCUGGGUGAUUCUUCGAACCUCUCUGAUUCGUUUUCGGUAUCGUCUUUGACAAUGAUUCCAUUGGUAACAAUCACCUAUUGUAAUCCAUUAUUAUCCCAAGAUAAUCAACAACUUCUUGUUAACAGUUAUGCAACUUGUCGGCGGCUGCUUGAUCAUAUGAAAUCAAAUAUCGGUAUUCCUUCUAAUGAAGCCAUUGAUCUGAUUGAUCACGAGGGAAAAUUGAAAGAACUCAGCACACAUUUAGACGAAUAUGCCACACAAUUUCUCACUGCAAGAAGCACUUACUACAUUCUCAAAGUCGAAAUCGAUACUACAACCGGUGAAAAACGUUAUACACCUAACUUUAGUCUCGAUCAGCUCGAUCAGAGAUUAUGUAUUGUGUUGACAAAUACAUUGAAUGCAUUGAAUAAGUCUUCAAGUAAACCAAAACGAAUAUCGGGAACCGUGCGACAGUAUAUUACUUCGUUACCGACAACAGCGACGAAUCAAUCGAAAACAAAACGAACACCUAAUCGAAAAUGA